AUGGCGAUGUCGACUGCGGCCAUCAUCUCUCUACGAUCGUUUCUCUUCUUCAUACUUCUUUUAGUGUCCAUCGGGCCGAGCCAUGCUUCAAACGUGUUGACGCUUGCUCUACGGAGCUCAAGCUCUUGUCCCAGCUCAUACGACUCGUGUGGUGGAAGUCUACCAGACAACUUUUGCUGCCCUUCAUCCUCCACCUGCGUCAGCCUCGACAGCGACAGCUCUGCCAUCUGCUGCCCGUCGGGGUCCAAUUGUGACUAUAUCUCCCCCAUCACCUGCGAUGUACAAGAUCAGAAUGCAACCGCCUAUCCCAAAAGUACGGUUAAGACCACCAGGCUCAAUGACACGCUCCCCUCCUGCGGGAGUUCUUGUUGCCCCUUUGGCUAUACGUGCCAGGGGGACAGUAUCUGUGCCAUCAACAAGAAAACCUCUGCCACUGAAACUGCUACAUCGUCGACGGCCUCGUCCACUGCAACCGAUAUCGGUGCAACCUUUACGUCCGUUUCUUCUCCUUCUGCCUCAAACGACAACUCCACCCACUUCACCUCAAGCUGUUCUUCAUAUCCUACCAAAGCCUUAGCGGCCGGCUUCUUCCCUGGUGCAUUCUUCGGAGGCAUGCUCGCACUAAUCAUAACCUACUGCGUCCGGCGUCGAGCCCAGAAAAAGGAGCUUCAGCGUCAAACCCACAAAAUAGGUCAUCAUUGGUCCCAGCGCUCCUCGUCCGGUGCCGUAGUGGGCAUCUCUAGUCCAAUCGCCAGUGAAGACAACUCCUAUCGCACAGAUUUCCUCCUUCGCCCAGACUCCAGGCGUACCUCAGUCGGCGGUCGAUCCACACGCUCUGUGCUCCAUCGCACGGGGACCCGGGUUAAAAGCCUGUUUUUCAACAAUCCAAAACUGGACAAGGAUGUUCCUCCACUCCCUGGCUACCCACCAGUCACUCCACCUCGCCAGCGCCAGCCAAGUACUGAGAGUAUCAAGAUAUACUCCCCGCCGGGGGCAGCUUUUGCGCAGUCGAGGAAGUUCCUAGGUCCCGAGCCGUACCCCGGGACUAUUGCACGACCGGAUACGACAUUCACCGAUUUAGUUCAGGCCGUUGGAUUUAGUGAUGCAAAGGGUAAUCCAACGUUCAAAGUCACCGACACAAGUAAAGAGUAG